AUGAGCGAUAAUCGAGUACGUGAUAGUCCAGCAAGUCUCUUCCUCGGCCCUGAGCGCUGAGCGCUGAGCCCGGACCACCAGUCCAGCUCCUCUCGACGCCCCCGACCCGCGCGCUUCGCAAAGCUCUUGGGCUGGCUGACUCGCUUCUUGUACUGACGAUGACCACCCUUCUCGGUGCAAUUGCAGGGUCGAGGUGGCCGGGGCCGUGGCAGUGGUGCGGCCCGAGGCGCACGGUCCACGCCGGGGUCUCGCGACGACAAACCGCGCCGCGAAGCGAUACUGGAUCUGAGCAAGUUCAUUGACAAGCAGAUCCGUGUCAAGUUCACAGGAGGUCGCGAGGGUGCGUCCCUACUCCAUUUUUUGCAGUGUGGUCGGUUCGGAUCUGACCCUGUGCUCCUCCCCUUCGCCGGGGACGCCUCGUGCAUGAUCUCCGUUCUGCAGUCACUGGCACGCUGAAAGGGUACGAUCAAUUGCUCAAUCUCGUCAUGGACGAUAUCGAAGAAGCACUACGAGGUACGAGGCCCGUCGGAUCGAAUGCAUCGGGACUGCUCUCGCGAAGUGCACAGCCGACUUUACUACGCUCUUGUUCGAUUCUGACCACUGGCUUCUGUCGGAUCUCGCAGAUCCCGCCACCGGUCUCCUGCUCGCACCGAGGAGAACACGCUCACUCGGGCUCGCCGUCAUCCGCGGCACCAGCCUGAUUGUUCUAAACCCACUUGACGGGUAA